CAGACUGUCCUGAGGUGGGCGGGGCUCGGGUUCGCCAUGGAACAUCAGGAACAGGAAGAGCCAGUGGAAUACUUCAGGUAGCAGUUAGCUAGUCAUUUAACUUAAAGGCUACGAUGGGUCUGUUCGGAAGAACACAAGAGAAACCACCAAAAGACCUGAUAAAUGAAUGGUCGAGCAAAAUCAGAAAGGAAAUGCGAGUGAUUGACAGACAAAUUCGAGACAUUCAGAGGGAAGAGGAAAAAGUCAAAAGAUCCAUCAAAGAUGCCGGCAAGAAAGGCCAGAGAGAUGUGUGCAUCAUCCUCGCCAAAGAGUUGAUCCAGUCACGGCGGGCCAUCAGUAAACUCUAUGCCUCCAAAGCUCAAAUGAACUCCGUACUGCUCAGCAUGAAGAAUCAGCUUGCUGUGGUGCGUGUUGCUGGAGCCCUUCAGAAAAGCACGGAGGUUAUGAAAGCCAUGCAGAACCUCGUCAAGAUCCCGGAGAUCCAGGCCACCAUGAGGGACCUUUCAAAGGAGAUGAUGAAGGCUGGCAUUAUUGAGGAAAUGAUGGAAGACACGUUUGAAAGCAUGGAGGACGGGGAGGACAUGGAGGAGGCAGCAGAGGAGGAGGUGGACAAGAUCCUCUUUGACAUCACAGCCGGUGCCCUUGGAAAGGCGCCCAGCAAAGUCACAGAUGCCUUGCCAGAGAUGGAGGCCCAGGGGGCCACCGCCGCCUCGGAGGACGAGUCAGAGGAGGACAUCGAGGAGAUGCAGUCGAGGUUGGCCGCCUUGAGGAGCUAGAGCCCUCCGUCCGUCCCGCUGCCAACUUUUUCUGCUCGCCCCCCCAAAAGGACAGAGACUACUUUGGUUUACCUGGAAUCUUUGCUUGUUUAUCGUCUGCCUACGUUUAUCUGGGGUCAUGUGUGCUUUUUGCUAAGGCUUUCCUGUGUGUAUAACAUUUUCCGUAUUUUUUUUGUUUUUUUUAAAGUCGAUGCAGCCGGAGCUUAAUGCCAUCCUGACUUUAGGUGGGGGCAGGUUAUGCCAACGCUUAUUAUCCAAAGCAUGGUUUGAACACCAUAUCACAAGACUUAAGAAGCGGUAUUUUAUAAAGCAGUAUAGAAAGCCUGCAGACAGAAACACAUUUUUGUGCUUAUUUAUAAUAGUGGGGAUGAUCUGGCACUCUUUUCCAAAAACUAACUAGAACCGCAGCUGGGUUGUUCUUCAUUAAGUCUUUAUCUGCGUUUAAUAGCCAAUUCCUUUUUGUUUGAAUCUGCCUACCAUAUCUGGAACUAUUGAAUCUUUCAGUAGUUCUUUUCUGUACAGUCAAAAUGUAUCUAUAUUAAUUGUGGACCUAUGUGGAUGCAAGUACACUUGUUGGAAUAACACACAUAUAAUUGUGUGAGGGAUUUAAGAAAUUAGGAAUCAUCAUGUGGUUCAUUUGAUUCAUGUCCCCAAAUGCCCUAAAUCUACAUUUUGGUGAGAUGUGUGGAAAAUGAAAUGUUUGGUUGGAAAUGAGA